CCUACCUCGUAUCGAUAGGAUGAUUACCCCACAAAUCCUGUCUACGAGUAACGGCUUCUCGCUUCUCGGCUUGUCGGUCCCUGCGCCUGCGCUGCCCCACGAUAUCAAAACUUUUUGCAAAUGUCCGAACCGAAGACUUCUGAGUCAUUCUGCAUUGAAUUGCUUCCUCGCUUCGAUACGUGGCCGUGAUAUAUAUCCUGAGCCAGGCAUCUCAUCUGGCACCUUUGCACAAUCGUGAUUCCAUUCGAUCAACCCAGGGUCUCCUCGUUCACCACCGCGAUCACCGGUCCCUACGCCACCUCCGCACUCGAAGCCGCCUGCAAAGACAUAAUUCCCUGGGAGACACUGCUGACCAGGUCCCCCUUCCAGGUCGCAAUCAUGCCUAUGCUUCGAGAACCAUGGAAGAAAUACCGCAAAUUUAGGCCUCUCGACCUGCCCUCCCGGCAAUGGCCCUCGCGGUCCAUUGACAACCCUCCUAGGUGGCUGGCCACCGACUUGCGAGAUGGAAACCAGAGCUUGCCUGAUCCCAUGGAUGGUCAACAAAAACUGCGCUUCUUCAAAAUGCUUGUUGAACUCGGCUAUAAGGAGAUUGAGGUCUCAUUUCCCUCCGCUUCACAGACCGACUUCGACUUCACGAGACAUUUGGUCGAAACGCCGGAGCUGGUCCCCGACGAUGUUUACCUACAAGUUCUGUCCCCCUGUCGAGAAGAUCUGAUCCGACGUACGGUCGAGUCCUUAAGAGGCGCGAAGAAGGCUAUUCUACAUAUCUACCUCGCCACGAGCGAAUGUUUCCGGAGGGUGGUCUUUGGCAUGACCGAGGAAGAAAGUCUUGCCCUGGCAGUAAAAUGCACCAAGUUCGCGCGGUCAAUCACCAAGGACGACCCUUCACAUGCGGGCACCCAGUGGCUGUAUCAAUUCUCCCCCGAGACGUUCUCCGACACAUCUCCAGAGUAUGCUGUUCGCGUAUGUGAGGCUGUCAAGGAAGCCUGGGGACCCACCGAGGGCGAAAAGCUGAUAUUCAAUCUUCCAGCAACAGUGGAAAUGGCUACGCCCAACGUCUUUGCAGAUCAGGUUGAGUAUUUCUGCACCCAUAUGACGGAGCGGGAGAAAUUUGCGGUCUCUGUGCAUUGUCAUAAUGAUCGUGGCUGUGCCGUGGCCGCCUCCGAACUUGCUCAGAUGGCGGGUGCUGACCGAGUUGAGGGAACUCUGUUCGGCAAUGGAGAACGGACGGGUAACGUGGAUCUUGUCACUUUGGCCCUGAACCUCUAUACCCAGGGCAUCUGGCCCAACAUCGACUUCAGUGACAUUCAGAAAGUCAUCCGGGUCUGCGAGGAAUCCACCAAGAUCCCGGUCAACGAAAGGUGGCCGUACGGAGGCGCAUUGGUUGUUUGUGCAUUCAGUGGUUCGCACCAAGAUGCUAUCAAGAAGGGCUUCCAAGAGCGGAAGACCCUCAAAGCCACUCACGAGUCUCCAUGGCAGGUUCCGUAUCUGCCACUCGACCCCCAAGAUAUUGGCCGAACAUACGAGGCUGUUAUUCGCGUCAAUUCACAAUCUGGCAAGGGCGGUGUCGCUUGGGUCAUUCAACGCAGCUUGGAGCUUGACCUGCCUAGAGGGCUCCAGAUCGCUUUCAGCAAAAUCGUCCAGAAAGACGCGGAUGCCAAAGGCCGAGAAUUGCUACCCCGAGAAAUUCAGGCUUUGUUUGAGGAAUCAUAUCACCUCAACAAGAACCCUCGAUUUACCUUGGUCGAUUACAACAUCACAGCUUUGAGAACGACAUCGCCGGCCCCUCAAACCAAAGCUCCAUCAGUCGGUCAACCCCCACAGACCGUGGCCCCGGCUCAGAACACGUCUACCGCGAAGCGACAGUUUGCUGGUAUCGUUGCCAUUGAUGGAGUUCAACAUCCCAUUGUCGGUGUCGGCAAUGGUGCCCUUUCGUCCUUGGCCAAUGCUCUUUCCACAAUAGGCAUCGACCUGGCUGUGAACGACUACAAAGAACAUGCCAUUGGUGAGGGUAGCGACGUGAAAGCUGCAACCUACAUAGAGUGUACGGCAAGCAGUUCACACGAGAAGGUGUGGGGAGUGGGUAUCCACGAAGAUGUGGUUCAAGCUUCCUUGAUUGCGAUGUUGAGCGCGGCAAGCUCAUUUUUGACUUCGCGAGUAUCGACACCCGUACCGUUCAAACCACACCACGUCCGAGAGUUUUCGCAGGCCGAAUUGGAGGCUCUCGAGGGCCUGAACCUCAACCACGGAGACAGCUCCAACAGGGGCUUUGAUGCUUCUGCACCCUCCCAGACGAACUUGGCGACCAGCGGGAGUGCUGCCGCGCAAAAGAUCGACAUCGAGGCAUUGGAGAGAAAAGCUAAUGUUAACGGCCACAAUGAGCCUGCGUAGUCGCAUCGAGUUUUGUAUAUACCCCUACUCAAAAGAGGCCUCCAAAGCUACAUUGGAGGAACAAAACUACCUUGGGGAACCAAAAGCGAGGGGUUGACUUAUUGAAUGACCACCUGAGUCACAUGUCGAUAUGUCCUUUUGAUAUUGAUUUGGACUGCUGCUUUCACAUGUUUUCCAACAAGUUGAAAGCGAGAGAGCGGAGAUACAGUAAUAGAGAAAAUGCGGCGUCCAAUUAAGGAGGGGUGGAAGGCUUCCCUUGACUUGGGCCAUCCCUGGUCAACUCGGGGAUUCAACACCGAGAUGCAGCUCGUUUCAUUUAGCCAUGACAUGUUGAAUGCAUCAUGCCCCAUA